AUGAAGAAUCAGCACGGGUCAUUCAUGCAAGUCUUGUUUGAGACAAGUGAUGGUAGAAGUAUCAAGCCAUACACAGGCCAAAUUCAGUACCUCUUUGUCAAUACUGCUGUAAACUCGUUUGCUGGUCAUGCGAGCCAGCAUGUAUUUGCAUAUAUACGAUGGUACAAGGAAGUUUUACUUCAGCCCAGAGCAGGAGAAGGAGUUGAGGUGAAUGAGGUGGGGUUCGAAGAUGACAGCAUGAACAGCAUUCUCCCAGUGCAUAGAAUCUGCUAUCCAGUCGCAGCAGGUGAGCACCUUGGUCUAGAAAGCAAAGUUCAGAUGUGUGUAGUUUCUUUGCCACGAAAAAUAUAUAUUUAG